AUGUUCUAUUAUGACGAUGAUACAACUGGAUAUCUACUCUUAAAAGAUGAUAAUUAUUCUGUGUCAUUGGAAAAGUUCUUAUAUGCUUAUGAAUUUGACGGUGAUACAAAAUGUCAUAUGAUUAAAAUUGGAAAUACCGUUAUCUGGAGCCAUGGUGCUGACCCAAAAUUUGAAUCCUUAAAAUCCGUCCGUUUAAAUCUACUCAGAAACUCCCUAACUGUUGUAAAUCCUGAUGGAGAAUCAGAAGAAAUAAACAUUCCAGGUGUAAUUCGACCAUCUGAUAUUGAAGAUGAAUCCAAAGAACAAGAAGAAUUUGAAGAAGAAGAUUCGGCCACAAUAGAUUCUACUCAGCCACCAUCCUCUGAUGUUCAACCAGAACAGACUGAAUCAACAACCACUGUAGUGGAGGUUAGAUCGGAGAAUCUAAUGGAACUUGACCUUAACAAUAUGAAGAAUUCCGAAAAUAAUGAUUAUUUAAACAGGAACGACAAUCAUGUAUUUACCGUUAAAAAUGGGUUUAAGUUUUCCAAAGUUAGAAAAGGUGAACAUGUCCUUAAAGAGUUUCUUAAGCCAGAUUAUUCAUGUAAAGUUGUUGUCAAUUAUGGCCAAGCUGGAAAAAUUAUGUUAUAUGCCUACAAAAAUGACAAGGACUUUGAUCUCUUACUCCUUGAUGAUCCAAACCCAUUGCCUCGGGAUAUUACCGAACUUCCGUCUGGUGCUGUUGAUGUCCAACAAGAGUCUGCAGUUGUUUCUGAGCAUUUUAAGCUUUUCGGUUUGACUGAUGAUGGUUCAUCUCAAGAACUCGAUGCUACUAAAUUAAAAAAAGACAAUCUAGUUAGUAUGGUGAACUAUACCUUUGAACCUGAUGCGAAAUGUUCUGAAAUUAAAUACAACAAUAAAACUGUGUGGAAAUAUGAUAAAUCCAAACACGGAAGGCAUUAUCCUACUAAUAUGCUUUUAAACACAGCCACUAGUUUUAUUUUACUAGAGUCCGAAGGUCAUUAUCAAUAUUAUUAUACCUACAUUAAUGAUGAAUGGAGGUGCAUUUCUGGCUACAAAGCUCAGGAUUUGCAACCACUCUAUCCUGAUAAAUUGAAGAUUUUCACACUGAAUGCGUUCGGUACACCAGUUGCGGACGACACCACUCAAUACGAUAAAUCCGAGGAUGGUCCAUUUACCACAUUCAAGUUUAAUCCAGGUUCCAGGUGUAUCGACGUCAAAUAUGAGGGGUUUCCAGUAUGGUCUUAUAAUUAUAAAGAUCAUGAAGAUAAAUAUCCAACCACAAUUUCUGUCAACACUGAUGAAAAAACUGUUAUGGUAGACUGUUACGGCAUUUACCGCUAUUUAUUCUCUUAUUCUGCUGGUAAUUUUAAGUGCGUAUUCGCUUUCAAGUCGCGCCUAUCCCACCCGGUUGAUCCAUCAAAAUUAAAAUUCUUCACCAUAGACAGCAGUGAAACUACUGUUGAGCUUGACAAAUCCAAAUUUGAUAUAGAGGAACCAGACACCAUAUAUAAAUUUAACCCUGGUGUUAAGUGUACCUGUAUAAAGUAUGGUGAUACCGAACUCUGGAAACAUACUGAAACUGACCAUGAGGAUAAGUUUCCAACGUCAAUUUACUUCAACAAUCUGAUCCGAAAAUAUUUAGUUGUUGAGUCUUCAGGUAAUUACCGUAACUUGUUAGAAUUUGAAAAUAAUGUGUGGAAACCAUUGGGUGCCAAUGAUAAAUUAAAGUCCAAGUACAGUAUUUAUGAUAAAUUUGAUGUUGACAAACUAACAUUUUUCACCAUAGAAACUAAAGAAACUUCAGAUGGUACAGUCACUUCCGAGUUGGUUCAGAUUGAUUAUACCAAGUAUAUCAGAGAAAAUCCAUCAUUUAUUCUUUAUAACUUCAAGCCUGACGUUAAUUGUAACGACGUCAGGUAUGAAGAUCAAGUUGUGUGGAAAUACAAUGAAAAUGAACACGGAGAUGAUUUUCCCACAACCGUCUUACUGAAUAUUAAAAAGAGUUAUAUCGUGGUCGAUUCUUCAUAUCUCUACCGUUAUGUAUAUUCAUAUUAUGAUAAGAAAUGGAAAGAAUUGCCUUUCGGUUUUAAAGCAACGAACAUUUUCUAUGAUAAAUUCAAAUUGUUAACUCAAGAUCCCAAAGAUUAUAAGAAACUUGUUGAACUUGAUUCCAGUCAAUACGAUAUUGAGUAUUCUCCCAAUGUUCUAGCCAUAAAAUUCAACACGAACGUCAAGUGUACUUCCAUACAAUAUGAAGAUAGCUUUCCAUGGACCUAUAACAGGAAUGAGCAUGCCCACCGAUAUCCAACAGCUGUCAUUUUUAAUAAAUCAAAGAGUUUUCUCAUGGUCGAGUCCUCUCAUUACUACCGUUAUUUAUACGUCUAUCAAAAUAAGGAGUGGAAACCUUUACCUUAUGGUUACACCUUAAAAUCCCAUUCUUCCUCAUCAAGUACGUACGAUAUCGGCAAACUGAAACUAUUAACUAAUGAUAAAUUUAAUAAUAACAAACGUGUUGAGAUGACUAAAGCUCAUUAUGACAAGGAAGAGUCAGAUACUUUAGUUAGAUACAAUAUGAACUAUUUAACAAACUGUACUUGCUUGAUGUAUGAUGAUAAGGUAGUAUGGGAACACUACGAACGUGAACAUGGAGAUAAACAUCCGACAACGAUUUCCCUGGUUAAAAAGAAAAAUUAUCUCGUCGUAGAGUCGGGGUAUGACUAUCGUUACAUGUUUGAAUUUGAAAACGGAGAGUGGAAGUUGUUGCCUUUCAGCUAUAAAUUGAAAAGAAAAGUUGAUGCUGUCGAAAUUGAUAAAUUCAAACUAUAUUCUUUCGAUCCUUCAGACCCGGAUCAACUUGUUGAACUUAAAACAAGUGAGUAUGAGAAAAAGGACUCCUACAACUCACUAAUCUUCAAGAUUAAUGAAAAUGUAAAAUGCACUUUCGUAAAGUAUGAUAAUACUGAUGCUUGGGUCCAUGAUAGUAUUGAACAUGAAGACUUCUAUCCGACCAGAGUUGUUUUUACCAAAAACAAGAACUUUCUUCUCGUUGAAUCUGGAUACAACUAUCGUUACUUGUAUACCUUUCACAAGGGUAAAUGGAAACAAAUGCCGUUUGGUAAUAAAUUGAAGACUACUAAGGACUAUAAAUUUGAUGCUAAUAAAUUAAAGCUUUUCUCUCUAGAUCUUAGCACUAGACCGUACGAACUCGACUACUCUAAGUUUAGAAGGGGGGAAGCUGGGCAUAUUCUUACACAUAAUUUGAAACCUGGUGUGAAAUGUACUGAAGUCAAGUAUGAUAAAAUUUCUGCAUGGAAACACGAAGAGGAUGAUUAUGGAUCGAAUUAUCCAACGUCUAUUAUUUUUAAUAGAAACAAUGGUUUCCUAAUUGUCGAGUCCAAAGAUAAUUAUGAAUCAUACCACUCAUAUUAUGACAAUAAGUGGCAUUCUGUAUAUGGAUAUAAAGCAUCCAAGAUGACCAAAAACAAGGAAUUUUAUAGACUAAAGCUCUAUCAGACGAAUGAAGAUGGAUUGUCAGAGCCUCUCAAAGGCUUUCAUGAAGAAAUUACUGGUCCAGUUAUUACAUGUAAUAUAUUCUACGGAGUUAAAUGUACCCAUGUUAAAUAUGACGAACAUGAUGUAUGGAGCUAUGACUCUGAAAGACAUCUGGAUCACUAUCCCGAUUCUGUAGUUUUUAAUAUUGCAAAUAGUACCAUUAAGGUUGAGUGUGAAGACCAUUAUGUUUACUUUUCCUCAUUUAUUAAUGAAGAGUGGAAACCUUUCAGCGGUUAUAGAACCAAAACAACAAAUGCUCGCCCUGAGGUUAAACUAUACGAAAAAGGUAAAUCAGGAAAGUUUGCAUUUAUAAACCCAUCUAAGUACAAUGUAAAUUGGGACGGAGAAAAUGACGUCUAUGAGUAUGACUUGAAUAACUUAAAAUGUUCCUUGGUCAAGCACAAUGAUGGGACUGUGUGGAAACAAACUCCAGAAGAUAACCAACAUCCAAAGUCCAUUACCUACAACAGUGAUCAGAAGAAAUUUGUUCUAAGGUUUGAAAACGAAUACAUUUUCUGCACAUUUGAAGAAAAUGAGUGGAAGAAAAUGGUUCGUAGGUAUGGUACUCAAUCUAUUAAAAGCGAACCACAAAAACCUGAACACGGGGAUCCAACCUCAGACAAAUCAGAUACCGAACACAAUAAAUCACAGCCUGAAGAUUCUGAAUCACUUAGUGGAUCAGAAACACACGAAGAUUCUGAAGGAAGUGACAAAGAGCAAGAAUAA